AUGAGCGGGAAAUGGAACCCUGGCGCCAAGGACAAAGAUUCCCAGGAGCCCGGUCGAGACAGGCCAACCGAGGAGGCUGCAGCUGGUGUCCACAGAUCAGGACCAGAGCUGGGGCCCGAGGUGGGAGAGGUGGGCUCCUCCCUGCUGCCCCGGGCUCGUCCUCUCCUCUUCCCUGUCCCCCGUGUCCCCACCUGGAAAGGCAGCGGACAUUCUCAGGGCUGUGGAGGGAACCCAAUGGAGGGGUUAUACCGAGGAACAUUCUAUUUCCACUUCCGAAACCUUCGCUAUGCCUCUGGCCGGAACACCGCCUUCCUAUGCUACCGAGUGGAAGCAGUGGAGCACCGCUCGCCUGUCCUCAUUGACAGGGGAGUCUUUGAAAACGAGGUCUAUCCCUGUCCUCCCCUCCAUGCAGAAUUGUGCUUCCUCUCUUGGUUCUUCAACAACGUGCUGUCCCGUGACAAGCACUACUUGGUCACCUGGUACAUAUCCUGGAGCCCAUGCUGCGAGUGUGCAGGACAGGUGGCCGACUUCCUGGCCAGGCACAGAAACGUGAGGCUGACCAUCUUCGCCGCCCGCCUCUACUACUUUUGGAAAUCAGAAUACAGGCAGGGGCUUCGCAGGCUGUGCUGGGAAGGGGCCCAGGUGGACGUCAUGUCCUUCCAAGAAUUUCAAAGCUGCUGGGAAGAGUUUGUGGACAACCAGGGAAUGCCCUUCAAGCCUUGGAAGAAACUGAGGACAAAUUUUCACUUCCUGAACUCCAUGCUGGGGGACGUUCUCAGGACGUUGGAGAAAGACACAUUCACUUACAACUUUAUAAAUGACCCUUUGGUCCCUGGGCGGCACCAGACCUACCUGUGCUACAAGGUGGACCUCCUGGAUGGUGACACGUGUGUCCGAUCUGGCUGCCUGCGUAACCAGGUUCAGCCACUUACUUGCUUCUGUGUCCCUGAGGAGGAGUCAGGGGCAGAAGGAAAAGGCGACUACACAAGGACCAGGGAGUGUCAGGGUGGUUAUGAACCUAGACUACGCCGCCAUGCAGAGCUGUGCUUCCUGGACCUGCUGAAUUCCUGGCAUCUGGACCCUGCCCUGCGCUACAGAGUCACCUGGUUCAUCUCCUGGAGUCCCUGCUGCUACUGUGCCCAGGAAGUGGCUGCAUUUCUGGGUUGGAACAGCCACGUGCGCCUGCGCGUCUUCGCUGCCCGCAUCUAUGACUGGCUCCCAGGAUAUGAGCAAGGGCUGCACACACUGCAGGGGGCUGGGGCGCAGAUCGGCAUCAUGAACUUCAAGGGGUUUAGGCACUGCUGGGACACCUUUGUGCACCACCAGGGAAGGCCCUUUCAGCCCUGGCCUGGGCUGCAUGAACACAGGCGAGCCCUGUGGAGGAGGCUGCGGGACAUUCUGCAGGUGAGGGCGUCCUGCUCUGCUUCCAACAGCUCAGGCAGGGGCGGCGCGGUGGCUCCACCGUCCCCGCAGCUGGGCGACGCGGCCCGGGUGUCCGCGGGGCGACCUCGGCAGCUCCCGCCGCUGCCCGCAGGGGGCGUGGGCGAGUCGCGGCCGCGGGGGCCGCGGAGCGGGGGAGGGGCGCCGCUGUCACCCCGUCCCCCCUCGGCGCGCGACCCCGAAACCCCGCCCCCGCCGCCCCCUGCGCCACGCGCCACGGCUGCGGGGCCGGAAAUCUUCGAGUAA